CACAGAUAACACCAGGGCAGUUGUUGCUUUUAACCAUGACAGCACAGAUUUUAAAAUAAGCAAAAGGACAUGUUCAAACGGCAUCAGAAGAUACAUCUUACUAAAAAAAAAAUGAGAACAACGUGCCAUAACAAGAUUAGGUUUCAAAGAUAAACACUGAGCUGUCUCCAGGUAUUUCAGCAGCUACUCCUUUUGAUUUCUGUGGCCAAUUUGUCUUUAAUGUGCCUUUAAUAUCACUCAAGUGGUCCGCCCCGUUGGUCUGCCGCCUAUCUCUUAUUCCAUCUUUUCUACUGAACACCUGUUGAAAGGUGACAUGAGAAGCUAUUAUUUUUGUGGUGAUUAAAGGAAAGUGAUCGGAGCAUGAAAGAGAACCCAGGCUGUCGCAAGAAGGACCAGCUCUUUUGCUUCUAGUUGUUCCUGGAACUACGGAAGGCAGUAUUUUGCCACCUUAAACAAAACUUUAGUUUGUUUUUGAAUUUCUCUCCUGUCUGUGAGUGGCUUUCUGUACUAUUUUGCCAUGCUGCAGCAAAUUCUACGGGAUAUGUACAUCGAUCCGGAAUUGCUGGCUGAACUAAAUGAAGAACAGAAGCAUGUCCUCUUCUAUAAGAUGAGGGAAGAGCAGGUUAGGAGAUGGAAGGAGAGGGAGGAGAGAGUCAACGGUGACAAAGCCUUGCUGAAGAGAACAGUGAGACUUCAACAGAAUAAACAUGUGCAGUGGCUCCGUGGGACCGAUGGUGAGGUCUGGGUUUGGAUUAUGGGUGAAGCUGCUGGAGACAAACCUUAUGAACAGAUUUCAGAAGAACUUAUUGCAGAGAGAGCCAGACAACAAGCUCAGAAAGAAGCUGAAGAAUUAUGGAAAGAAAAGGAAGCUGAAAUUACAAAGAAGUUCCGCGAUGCAAUGGCAAAUGAGAAAGCUCGAAUACUAGCAGAGAAAUGGAAAAUAGAGACAGAAGAUCGCAAAGCAGCCAAAUUGAUGGAGGAGAAAUUCCAAGAAGAAUUAAAGAAAAGAGAGGAGGAAGAGAGGCAAAAAGGUGAAGCACAGAUACGACAACAAGAGGAACGCAGAGCACAUGAGCUGUACCUGAGCCUCAAACAAGCCCAGCAGUGUAGCCAACACAAUGAAAAAGAGGACCAUGAAUGGGAAGAACAGCUACGUCGCUCCAAAGCUGCUGACGAAGAAAGGAGCCACAAAGCACGUCGAGCACGGGAUGAAUAUCGGCGCCAAUCUUUGAGGGCCAUCCAAAAAGGAAAAGUGGCUGGUUUGAGUAACCUGUUCCAGGCGGCUGGUCUGAACAGAGAGCAAGAGGCAAAACUGACCAGUGCUGGUCCUAUUUCAUCUCUGACCACAAUUGUACCAACCAGACUUCCCAACCUGAAUUCUGGCCAUGGGGAGACACUACUGUGCAGAGCUGCUUCCUACUGUGGCAAGAUCUCACAGAGCAAAGCUUGGGAACGACCCCCCAGACCUUUCUCCAGAGAAGUCAUAAUUCAGUGGUUCAGAGAAGAGCAGCUUCCACGUCGGGCUGGAUUUGAAAGGAACUCCAAUACUAUUGCACCCUGGUUUCAUGGAAUUAUUAGUCGCCAAGAGGCAGAAGAGCUGCUGAUGAAUAAGUCUGAAGGAGCUUUCCUAGUGCGGGUCAGUGAGAAAAUCUGGGGAUAUGCACUUUCCUAUCGGCAUCAGAGUGGUUUCAAACACUUUCUGGUGGAUGCUUCUGGAGAUUUCUACAGCUUCUUAGGGGUGGAUCCCAACCGGCAUGCAACACUCACAGACCUCAUUGAUUUCCACAAGGAAGAAAUAAUCACAUCUUCUGGUGGAGAGCUGCUACUGGAACCUUGCGGACAGAAAAAGAAUCCACCCGACUAUAUCCCCUUAUUUGAAUGACACGAGUAUUUUUUCCACUUUUGGACUACAGUAACUAUUUUAGAAGAGCAGAAAUAUUCAGUGAAAGAACUUGAGAAACAAGUGUCCAGCUUAUGAUCAGCAAAUAUGAAUGAGCUAAAAGUUUUAGGCAGAUUAUUGAGUUUUUAAUUAUAAGAGAGAUAUGCCAUUAGUAAGAAAUGCAAAGUGAAGAAUAUAAAGGAUAAUUACUUCAAAAUAUAGUUAAUGUGCUGAUCAAAAACCAGCAUUUUCAAUGUGUUCAGUAAUAUCAAUAGGAAAAAAUAUGAUAGGUAAUGGUUCUAGUACUAGCAUACACUGAUUUUUGAAAUUCUCAGAGUUAUAGUAUUUGAGAAGCAUGUAAUUUGUGGUAUGGGAAUGUAGCAAUAGGUGCUUUCUGAGCAGUAAAUUACAGGUUUUAUAUCCAUAUGUCUGUUUACUUAAACCAGUGCCUCUCACAAUUAUUUAAAAACUUGAAGGGGAGGACUACAUUUUUGAAUGAAACAGGCACAUGACUAAAGAAAACAGAAUUGAUAUUGAACUCCCCACCCCCGCCCAAUGUCUCAACUUUGUUCUUGUAUGCUUUUAUCCCAAGCAACCACUGGCUGAAAAUACCUAGUCAUUGAAAAUAAAUGUACUUCUUGGAGAGAGGGUGGCAAUUAAAUGCAAAGUUAAGCCAAGGCUUUUCCUCCACCGGUGUCGUCUUUGUGCCCCAGAAAACCCCUUCCACUCCCCAUCCAAUUUAAUUAAAUUUACAUAUAAUUAAAUGGCGCUCAUCCUUUUGCAAUUUAAACAUAGCCAGUAAACUGAGAGGGCACUGCAGUUUCUGUAUUUUUAAAAUCAUUAAUGGAGGUGUAAUGAACUUGAGGUCAGAAGUGGGCAAUGUGUGGGUCCCAGGAAUUUUUUUGUGGCUUCCAACUCCUCCUUCAGACUCUCCACUUGCCAAGUGAAACAAAACAAAAAUGGAAAAAAUUGCAUUCAUAGAUAACACCAUAAGUGACAGCUUAUCUUUCAAAUUGGUUGCAAGCUCUCCCUGCCAUUCUAUUGACUAUUGGUCAUGUCAGGAGUCACUCCUGUUGUGAGAGUCGCUCCUGUUGCGUAUUGACUAUGAAAAACAGCCAUCUUUCAGAACCAGAUAUGGACUCUUGUCCACUUCAACGUUUUUGCUUUUGGGCAUUUUUUUUUUGCAUUCAGGAAUUCCAGAGCAGAAAACUGUUCUCCAGACCCACUAUCAUUUCUCAGCCCUUUCUCACAUUUUCACUUUCUUACACUUAUUGCUCACUGUUCCAUUAUGAAGAAGGUUUUUCUUUGGUAUCCUUAACUGUAUGUCAGAUUGAAUCAUUAAUAUAGAAAUAUAUUUCCUGCGUCUGGCAAAUAUCAAGGGAUAUAAACAUGCACCAACUUCUCACUUGCGCUCGUUACCAACUUUUUAUAAGGGACAAUAAAUACAGGUGAGACACUGAAA